UCUAACAGCCAUCAGAGAUGCACGCUCCAGCUUCAGGUCCUGCAGCUCCCCGGUGCUAACUAACACAGCUCCUCUGCCCUGCUAAUGCCCAAGGGACAGAACAUCGCAGUUGUACCAGUUUGGGAGCAAAAUAUGGAAUAUGUUUCACUGCUGACCGAAGGCAGCCAAAUGAACAGUAUUUAUAGUAGUUUGAAAAUCAGCAGUUAGCAGUUUCUUCACAUUCUAACACUACCCAGCACUUUCCAGAGAGAACUCAUUGUUUACAAGAAAUCUGCUUUCCAAAUCCGUUGCGGUGCCCUCCAGCCUUGACUAUUAACUAUUUGCAAAGGGGAAGCUAAUCUACGGUUUGAGGAAAGAUGGCAAUGGAUGAGUACCUGUGGAUGGUCAUUGUGGGUUUUAUCAUUGCUUUUAUUUUAGCCUUUUCAGUUGGUGCAAACGAUGUUGCCAAUUCUUUCGGAACGGCUGUGGGCUCUGGUGUUGUUACUUUACGCCAGGCUUGCAUUUUGGCUUCAGUUUUUGAAACCACUGGCUCAGUAUUACUGGGAGCAAAAGUAGGAGAAACAAUUCGGAAAGGUAUCAUUGACGUUAACCUGUACAACAGCACUGUCCCACUGCUGAUGGCAGGAGAAGUGAGUGCAAUGGUUGGUUCUGCUGUUUGGCAGCUGAUUGCAUCAUUCUUGAAACUCCCUAUAUCAGGGACCCAUUGCAUCGUAGGUGCUACAAUUGGAUUUUCCCUGGUGGCAAUUGGCACGCAGGGAGUCCAGUGGAUGCAGCUUGUCAAGAUUGUUGCCUCUUGGUUUAUUUCCCCACUGUUAUCUGGUUUGAUGUCUGGAGUUCUCUUUGUGCUGAUUAGAUUCUUCAUUUUAAACAAGGAAGACCCUGUGCCCAACGGUCUCCGCGCACUUCCAGUGUUUUAUGCUGCUACCAUAGCUAUUAACGUGUUUUCCAUCAUGUACACGGGGGCACCAGUAUUGGGACUGGUACUGCCAAUGUGGGCCAUUGCUCUAAUAUCAGUUGGUGUAUCCUUAGUAUUUGCCAUCUUAGUCUGGAUUUGUGUGUGCCCCUGGAUGAAGAGAAAAAUAGAAAGCCGGUUAAAGAAAGAUGCUGCACUGUCAAGGAUAUCAGAUGAAAGUCUUGAUAAAAUUCAAGAUGAAGAAACACCAGUCUUUAAAGAGCUUCCCGGUGCCAAAGCAUCUGACGAGAGCACUAUUCCCCUUACUGGCUCAGUAACAGAAGCUGCUGGGGCAUCAGAUACUAUUGCAAAUGGAAACCAUCCACGUGUACCGUAUGGAAGAGCAUUUUCGAUGACGCACACCUCGGUGAAAUCACCUGUUUCCAAUGGCACCUUCAGCUUCGAUGGCCAGAUGAGGAGCGAUGGCCAUGUUUAUCACACUGUGCACAAGGACUCAGGUUUAUACAAAGACUUGCUCCACAAAAUACACCUGGACAGGGCCACCGAUGAGAGGCCCGCUCAAGAAAACAACUACAAACUGUUACGACGCAACAACAGCUAUACUUGUUAUACAGCUGCUAUUUGUGGCAUGCCCGUGCAUUCCUCCUUUAAGGCAGCAGAUAUGUCAACUCCGGAGGACAGUGAGAAGUUAGUGGGAGACACUGUUUCCUACUCCAAGAAGCGAGUUCGCUACGACAGCUACUCCAGCUAUUGCAAUGCAGUGGCCGAGGCAGAGAUUGAGGCGGAGGAAGGUGGGGUGGAAAUGAAGUUGGCUUCUGAACUCGCAGAUCCUAACCGGCCCCCAGUUGAUCCCGUGGAAGAGGAUAAGGAAGAGAAAGACACAUCUCAGGUCCAUCUACUUUUCCACUUCCUCCAGAUCUUAACAGCCUGCUUUGGAUCCUUUGCCCAUGGAGGUAAUGAUGUCAGCAAUGCAAUUGGUCCCCUCGUUGCGCUCUGGCUUAUCUACGAGCAAGGUGGUGUAAUGCAAGAAGCAUCGACUCCCGUCUGGCUGCUGUUUUAUGGAGGUGUUGGGAUCUGUGUGGGUCUCUGGGUCUGGGGUAGAAGAGUUAUCCAGACCAUGGGUAAAGACCUCACUCCAAUCACACCAUCAAGUGGAUUUUGCAUUGAAGUAAUGUGUGCGCUAACGGUACUUGUAGCCUCAAAUGUGGGUAUUCCAAUAAGCUCCACCCAUUGCAAGGUAUUGGAGUUUGCAGUGAUUGCAUCAGUAAAUCACAUCACUAGGACAAACCAUAACAAAAUACAAGAGAUACCAAUUGUUGCAGAUUGCCUUCACUAUGUGAUGCGCCGUGCAGACGGUGAUUGCGAGCUCUUGGACACGCAGAGCUGUCUGUAUCCCUUACCCUCUGGCAGGGCAAGGGGAAGCCCCUCCGAAAUCAGAGACCCCAGAGCGGCAAAGCCCCUCUGCUUCGGGACUUACCAGCAAGCCCUACAAGAGCCAUAUCCUGUAGGAUUUGCUGCUGCACCCUGGGGACCUUGGAGCCCUUCCAGCUCUGGCUGGGGCUGGGGCAGGCAGGUUUUUGGGGCUCACUGCUCCACAGCAUGGCAGGCGGGUGGGCAAGAAGCCGGACAUCCUUGCCUGUGACAUUGACCUAGUUUCCAGUGAAAGAGUCAAUGAAAUCCACACAUCCUGCAAAACGCCCCAAGUUGGUUCAGUCAGCCUUUUUCUAGUGAAAACCAUUUCUUCAGAAAGCCUUCCUCUAUUGCAAAAUCAUUUCUUUCUUCUGCUGUAGAGCUCUUUGAGAAGUAGCCAAGACUGAGCUGCUCUGAAGGGCUGUUCAGAUUUCCCGGCGUUGGCCGAACUCUGGUUCCUCUGAAUCAAGCAGGGAGGGGAAAAAUAAUAACAACGUGAUUCACUUCUAAAAAUGCUAGCCUGGAACCACCUCCCUUUAAGCUGACUGGUAUAUCAAAUGCGUGACGAAGAAUUUGCCAGAGAGAAUAAUACAGCUUUGAUCAUCUCAGUUGCAUGCCUGAAGUACUUCUAGCCGACCGUUGUAAAAGAGAAAAUACAAUUUGGUACAGACAAAUAAACUGAAUUUAAAAAGAAAAUGUCUUGGAAGCCAUAAGCUAAUGAGAGGGCAGCAUUAGGAGGUAUUCAUUGACUCAACGCAGUUAAAAGCUUGGUCUUUUCUAACUGCAGAGCAAAAUAAUUAUUUUUAAAAAAUACCUCCAUAAAAGCAGGUAAUGUGGUUAGUCUGUGUCUGCUCCCUGUAGUUUGCUGUAUCUCAUUAGAUGGAUCAUUCUUAAUGGGAAGAUCCACUUCGCAAUAGGAUUAGACUGUUCCAGGAUGUCACAUUAUUAUAACUGACUCUGUGUUUCAGCAGAAUGAGAUCCUGAGUUGAAAGAUCCUAAGUGAUCAACACAAGUUAAAGCAAACACUUGUAACAAAUGUAUUGCUUGUUUUCUUUGAGGGCGUGGUGAAGGAAUAAAAGAACUAUUAUAUAUCAUUUACUCUAUGGGAAAAUGUCUCUCUGAAAGUGCUGUCAGCCACUGAGAUAGAAAUGCCUUCUUAAAAAUCAGCAGAAAAAUUAUGUCACCCUAGAAAUCAAAAAGAAAAUGGGUUCAAGGUGAGCCUAGUCCUAAGCCUCUAGCAUCAGGGAGUGGGAAUUACUCUUUUCCCCAACAUUUGCUCCACAGCACUUGCUAAAGUGGGAGCCCUACCAAAGGGGUGUCAGUCAACUGAAUGUGCAGCCACUGGAUAAACUGAUGGCAAAGAAGGAGCAGCGUGAAACACCUUAGGUGGAGGGAGACCUUUUCAAGGUGAAACAAUAGACUAUAACAAAAAAUGGAGACCAAGUAUGAAGGAAAGCUCUGAGCAGCAGUUUUCAGGUCUUG